AUGUCGCCGAAGAAGUACGUGAUCCCCCGCGCCGCGACAAGUGUGACCGCCACCGUUGCCCAGCCGAAGAAGAGAAAGCUGAGGGCGCCGCCGUCCAAGCCACCGGGCAUGUCAAACGCCGACUGGAGGGCGGAAGUUCAGCGACGGGAGGCUGUCACCGCCGACCGGCGGAACAGGGCCCUCGCCAAGAAGGCCCGGGACAACGCGGCGCGUGCGGCUGCGGCUGCGACGGAUCAAGCCGAGGCCGAGGCGGCUCGGGUGGGGAUGAUGAAUCCACCCGGCGGCCACGCCCAGUACGCGCCCUGGAGCCAGCAAAGCGUCGGCUCUUCGGCCGGCUUCUUGUUGUCGCCGCAACCAUGGGGUUGCACGCCGUCGCCGGGCUACUCCGACGGGGACGCGCAUGGUGAGUUCAACCCCAACAUCACCUUCCCCCAUGGACACCCGUCCCAGCGCACGCCCUCGCCCGCCUUCGCCGGCGUGCAGUACCCUCCAUACAACUACUCGCCGCCGGCUUACGUGUCCUCCCCGACGCCCCCUCUCCGCCGGGGCGCGCUGCCCUUCUCACAAUCUUCCACGUCACACCUCGGCGACACCGACGAGACCGACACCGACAUGGACGACAUCAUCGUGGCAGGCUCGGACGCAGCCGCCGCAUCCCCCGAGUUUGCUACCCAUGACGACACGGUGGACCUCAGCGGCGGCUUGGAUGCGUGGAAAGUCGUUUGCCUCGACCCGACCACCGGCACGAACCAGAGCAUCGACACGUACUGGGAGCGCAUCAAGGCCGAGUUCGACGAGCGCAAGCUUGUCGACCCCUACUUUAAAGGCGUCUACCUGCAACGCGGGGCGAAGGCAAUGGCGAACCAUUGGGGGCUCAUCCAUGCGGCGUGCAACAAGUGGCAUGUGAUCGUCGAGGAGAUCGCGGCUCGCCCGGAGAGCGACGCCAACGUUGAGGAUCAGCUGCUGCGCAUGUUCGCCCUGUAUCGCCUGGGCAACAGUGACCAAGAAUUCAAGUACCUCCACGUCUACAAGCGCAUUGACAAGUGCGAGAAGUGGGCGGAAGUCCGACGCACCCUCGACAAGGCCAAGGAGACCUACAAGCCGGACACGCCGACGCCGGGCGCCUUAGAAGGGCGGCCGGACGACAACAAAGGGGCCAAGAAGGGGAAACACGCCGACGCGGCUACCGCGCGAGUGCAAGAGUCCAUCAAGCAUUGCCUCGUCGACGCACAGGCUCGGGCCACCCUGCGUGAAGAGAAGACCGAGGCGCGGUGGUCGGCGUUGAUGACGAACAGCGCCGUCAAGCUCGACCUGUUCCGGACCAGUGUCGCCGCGAAGAAGAGGAACACCGACCUGGCUUUUCUGAUGGGCGGGGCGAACAUGCUCCAGAGCAACGACGAGAAACUCAAGGCAUGGUACAUGACGGAGCGCGGCCUCAUCCUGAACCAGCUGCCGAUGACAGCGACGCCAACUCCCGCGCCCACGCCGCCGCCGCCGCCAAGCCCGAGUGAUGAUGCCUCUACGACGCCUAGCAGCACCGAAGCCGCGCCGACGCCUCCCAGCACAGAAGCAGCUCCGACACCGCCAAGCCCGCGCACGCCGACUCCGCCGAUGCCGGAGGCCGACCCCGCCGAGUGA